AUGAGUCGUCCUCUAUUUCUUCAUAUCCAAGCUGCAAUAGAAGCCCAUGAACCUUAUUUUGUCCAAAGACGAGAUAAUUCUGGAAGGCUUGGUUUUUCUUCCCUUCAAAAAAUAACAGCUGCUCUACGGAUGCUUGCAUAUGGUGUCACAGCUGAUUUUAUAGAUGAAUAUUUGAAGAUUGGAGAGACUACUGCAUUAAGAAUCCUAAAGAUGUUUGUCAAAACUGUUGUUUCAAUUUUUUCUGAAGAGUACUUAAGAAAACUAAACAAUGAUGACAUUGUUAUAUUACUCGCAGUUGGUGAGAAAUGUGGAUUUUCAAGUAUGUUAGGGAGCAUCGAUUGUAUGCAUUGGAAGUGGAAGAACUGCCCAACUGCUUGGCAUGGGCGUACUCCGACUGUUAAUUACACUAUUAAUGGUCAUAACUAUGCAAUUUAUCCGCAAUGGGCAACAUUUGUUAAAACUAUCUUAGCUCCACAAGGAAACAAGAAAAAAUAUUUGGCUACACCCCAAGAGUCCGCAAGAAAGAAUGUGGAGCGUGCUUUUGGUGUGCUUCAAGCACGAUUUGCUAUAAUUCGUGGACCUGCACAGUUUUUCCACAUUGAAACACUCAAUGAAAUUAAGAUGGCACGCAUAAUUUUACAUAAUAUGAUCAUUGAAGAUGAACGGGCUGACAAUGGAGAAGAAAAGUUUGAAUAUGAACAGUUGCCAAAAACUACACAUGAUCUAGUGUUAACCGGCUCUACACUUGAAUUUAGCCAGUUCAUUCAACGUCAUCAUGCUCUUAGGGAUAGAAGAAUUCAUUCUCAACUCCAAACAGAUCUCAUCGAGCACUUAUGGCAACAAUAUAGUGUCGCAUAA